AUGGACUUCGAGAAGGAUGAGCAAAGCCAACCAUUGGCGGAGCACGUUGAUGGGUUUGAUGAUGAUUGCAAUACUCUGGCAUCAACCUCAAACUCCCGCCAACACAAUAUUUCACAUAUCCUAUCCACAUCGAUCCUAUUUGUAAUAUAUGUCACGAUAUCAGGUUUUUUUGGUGCUUACAUCGGUCGACGUGGGGGCUUUGUUAACUCCAGCCUCGAUUCUCAAUGUGCCGCCUUCAGCUCCAGCAUGUCACCCGUAUUAACCGAUGUGGACAUUCACUAUGCCAUGACCCCGUUUAACGGUUCUUUCAUGCAAGAAACCAUCCACCGUCGUCCACAUUCGCCAGAAGUUGACGCAGCUUGGGAAGCUCUCGGUGUUGACUACCGGGCCGGUGUAAUAUCCAGAACUUCUGGGCUGGCGAGUGGUUUAACGCGACGUCAUGUGCAGCGGGCAGAAAAGUACGGAGGUGGUUUCCUGGUCAAUGUGGAGGGAAUGCAUCAUUUACACUGCCUUAAUCUCCUCCGCAAAUCUUUAUACUUCAACUUCAACUACUACAAGGCACUUGGCGGACAUGAAUUCAAGAACGAAGACGGAAUAUUCCAGCUACACGUCACACAUUGCUUAGACACGAUCCGGCAGGUGUUGAUCUGCAAUGUUGAUACCGGAGUCCUUGGCCAAGUAUGGGUACACCCCGACAAACCGUCUGCAUUCCCCGAUUUCAAUACCGAGCAUAAGUGCAAGAAUUAUGACGAUGUGCGAAAAUGGGCUGAGGUGCACCAAGCGCCACCCCUGGAAGAACUACCACCAGACUAUCUUGCAAGCCCGCAAAAAAGCGAUGUGCUGGUAGGAAUACCGUGA